UAUUGAGAAAUCACGUGCUGAACACUCGGUCUCUGUCAGCUUUUCCGACCCGAAAGCGAAACGAAGAAGAAGGAAAGCGAGGGGUAAUAAACUAAUCACGACUGGUAAAAGUCUGGUUGUUUUCUUGGGUUGUGUAAGAUGUGUUUCCUGUGGUCUCCGUUCACUUUUAUACACAGAGUCCUCUUCGGCCGCUCUCUGACUUCUACCGCUGCUGUUACCACUGGUGUUACUCAUCGCGAAGAUGAAGAGACUCUGGUGUUUUUUGAUCUGGAAACUACAGGACUUAACACCUCUUCAUGUGAUAUAUGCCAGCUGUCAGCUAUCUGUGGGAAGAGAGUCUUUAACGCCUACCUGUUUCCUCGCUGCCCCAUAGAUUACGGAGCCUCUAAAGUUACAGGCUUGACCACACAGGGUCAAAAGCUGCUUCUACACGGACAACCAGUGGAAACUGUCCCAAUCAAAGAGGCUCUGAAGUCAUUCAUAUCAUUUCUUAGUACCGUCAAUAGGCCAAUCCUGGUGGGUCACAACUGUAAACGAUUUGACUGCCCUAUUCUGCUGCGAAUCCUGAGAGAGUUUGAUCUGCUGGAUAACUUCUUUGAUGUGGUGUCAGGUUUUCUGGACACACUGCUGCUCAGUAGAGAAAUGUUUUCUCUUCAGAAAUAUUCUCAGCCAUUUCUGGUCCAGCAUUUCCUUCACAAAACCUAUGGAGCUCACAAUGCUACCGAGGAUGUACGACUUUUACAGGAGCUCUUUAGAGUCUGGAGGCCAAGCCCAAACCUGGUAAAAAAGCACAAGUUCAUUUUUUUUUAGUUAGAAUAUUAUUGCAUUGCAUGGUGUGGUUUGAAUAGAGGGUGCAUUGUGUGUAACUUUUAGUAAAGCUAUACUUUAAUUUUUACAUUUCAACUUCAGUAAUCACAAAAGGCCGGUGUGAUGGCAGGUUUUUUAUUCCAAACAGUCGCUGUUGUUUAAUGAGUUGGCCUUGGUCUUUAAACUGUUGAUUAGUUUUAUCAGGCGAGGCUUCUUCUUUGGCUGGUAAAAUUUGUGCUGCGUGUAUAAAACCAAUGCUGUGGGCUGUCGCCUCUCAAUCUUAAUACUUUCAAAGUAAUUAUCACUGAUUUAUCUACAACUGUAAAAAACUGUGAGCAAGACAAACACACCUUCAAAGGAUGAAAGUCCUUUACAGGCCAUAAUAAAUUUACCAAUUCAUUUAUUUACACUCAAAGGAAAAUUUACAUCAGACAUUUUUGAGCCGUAAAAAACUAAAGCUUUAAAAGAGUAUCUGGAUGAAAUUCUCAUGGACAAAGAAAGAAGAUGUCAAACUUUGUACAAGCAGUACGAAAUAACCUGGAACAAGGACUGACCCAGAAUCCCAGGACAGUGGAGCUGUGCAGCAUCUUCAGUACCUGCUCUUGAAGCACAACAUUUCUACAGUGCAGGAGGGAGUGCGAGUGGUGUACAAGGCAAAGCUUCUGAGGGCCGGCUUGAACUGGAUUGGUUUGUAUUUCUGCCUUUUGCUCUGUGUUUUAGAAAGUAAAAAGCCAUCAUUGCUAAAUUAACAUUGUUAUCACGUGGCCUUUCAUCUGCCUUUUUAAAACAGCCUGUUUUAUGAAUAUUAAAUGGUUACCGACUACUGUACAAAAUACAGUUUACAUUUAUAUUUUGUAAUGCCACUUUUAAAAUGAAUGAAUUUUGAUUAAAAUAU